AUGUCGCACACCUACGAGUUCAACGUUGCCAUGUCCUGCGGCGGCUGCUCAGGCGCCAUUGACCGCGUCCUCAAGAAGCUCGAGGGCGUCGACUCCUACGAAGUGUCCCUCGAGAACCAGACCGCCAAGGUCGUCACAGACCUCCCAUACCAGACCGUCCUCGAGAAGAUCGCCAAGACCGGCAAGAAGGUCAACUCGGCCAAGGCCGACGGCGUGGAACAACCUGUCGCUGUGCCGGCCGCUGCGUAA